AUGAGGCUCGGGACGGAACUUCCCAUCCACAACGCCGUCUCAACACUAUCCAAGCGCCAUUCGAGAGCCAAGCUCAGCCCUCGGACACCACCAACUUCGAACUGCCGCCUUGGGCACUUGAGCACAUGCGGGAGGCAGUGCUCUCAAAAGCGCAGCUCCUUCAACCUCCGGCGCGACGCCAAGUUCUACACCAGCCAAUAG